UAAAGUUAAAUUCGAAGAUAAAUUUAGUAAAAAGGUCAGUGUUAGCAUUAUAUCAUAUUAAACAAUAAACGAAUUAGUAAAUAUUGUAACACAUAUAUUAUUAUACACUUAGACUUCCCAAUUUUUAAGAACUUAUCACCAGUUUGUUUAUUAUAACCUACAAACUCCAAACAUGUUUGAAGAAACAAAUUUAAACAAAACAAUUAAAACGGAACCGAUCGAUGAUUAUCCUCAAGUGAAGCAGGAAUUUGAUGAUUAUGAAAAUACAUCCGAUUUGUAUACGGAUAAUGAUGAUAUAUGUCUGCAGCAAUUUCUAAAAUCUGAGGUUACAAUUGACGGGGAAAUAAAACAAGAGACGAUUGAUGACCAAUAUGACGUGACUAGUACAAACAAAACUGUAUUAGAUGAAAAUUCUUCCCUAUGUAACGAAGAGAUCAGUGAAUCAAGUACGAUAGUCGAUAGUACAAACAAAACAUUUGACAAAGUUUCAGGAAAAGAUAAGACAACUAGUAAGUUGAAAUACAAAUGUAAAUCAUGCAGUAAAACAUUUGUAGAAAAAGGUAACUUAAAAAAACAUGAAAGGAUCCAUACUGGAGAGCGGCCUUAUGAGUGCAAAAUAUGCAAUAAAAGAUUUUCACAGUCAAGUAAUUUAAGACAGCAUUUAUCAGUGCAUACAGGUGAACGUCCUUACGCAUGUGAAAUAUGUAAUAAAACAUUCAGAAUGAAAAAAAUGUUAAAACAACAUAAAGCCGUCCAUUCUGGAGAACGCCGUAAUGAGUGCAAAAUAUGCAAUAAAACAUUUAAAAGAAAAAAUAAUUUAAAACAACAUGAAAUGAUUCACACUGAAGAAAGGCCUCAUGAGUGCAACAUAUGCAAUAAAAGAUUUUCACGGCCAAGUAUUUUAAGAGAGCAUUUAUCAGUGCAUACUGAAGAACGACCUUACGCAUGUGAAAUAUGUAAUAAAACAUUCAGAACAAAACCUAUAUUAAUGCAACAUAAAACAGUACAUACUGGAGAACGCUGUAAUGAGUGCAAAAUAUGCAAUAAAACAUUUUCAAAUAUAGGUAAUUUAAUAGCACAUUUAUCAGUGCAUAGUGAAGAACGACCUUAUGAAUAUGAAAUGAUUCACACUGAAGAAAGGCCUCAUGAGUGCAACAUAUGCAAUAAAAGAUUUUCACGGCCAAGUAUUUUAAGAGAGCAUUUAUCAGUGCAUACUGAAGAACGACCUUACGCAUGUGAAAUAUGUAAUAAAACAUUUAGAACAAAACCUAUAUUAAUGCAACAUAAAACAGUACAUACUGGAGAACGCUGUAAUGAGUGCAAAAUAUGCAAUAAAACAUUUUCAAAUAUAGGUAAUUUAGUAACACAUUUAUCAGUGCAUAGUGAAGAACGACCUUAUGAAUGUGAGACAUGCAAUAAAACAUUCAAAACAAAAAAUAAUUUAAAACAACAUGAAAUCAUUCACACUGAAGAAAGGCCUCAUGAGUGCAACAUAUGCAAUAAAAGAUUUUCACGGCCAAGUAUUUUAAGAGAGCAUUUAUCAGUGCAUACUGAAGAACGACCUUACGCAUGUGAAAUAUGUAAUAAAACAUUUAGAACAAAACCUAUAUUAAUGCAACAUAAAACAGUACAUACUGGAGAACGCUGUAAUGAGUGCAAAAUAUGCAAUAAAACAUUUUCAAAUAUAGGUAAUUUAGUAACACAUUUAUCAGUGCAUAGUGAAGAACGACCUUAUGAAUGUGAGACAUGCAAUAAAACAUUCAAAACAAAAAAUAAUUUAAAACAACAUGAAAUCAGUCACACUGAAGAAAGGCCUCAUGAGUGCAACAUAUGCAAUAAAAGAUUUUUACGGUCGAGUAUUUUAAGAGAGCAUUUAUCAGUGCAUACUGAAGAACGACCUUAUGCAUGUGAAAUAUGUAAUAAAACAUUCAGAACAAAACCUAUAUUAAUGCAACAUAAAACAGUACAUACUGGAGAACGACCAUAUGAGUGCAAAAUAUGCAAUAAAACAUUUUCACAUUCAGGUAAUUUAAUAACGCAUUUAUCAGUGCAUAGUGAAGAACGACCUUAUCUAUGUGACAUAUGCAAUAAAACGUUCAAAACAAAACCUAUAUUAAUGCGACAUGAAAGAAAACAUACUAGAGAACAAACUGGAAUUAAAAAGUCAACUGUUGAAUCAGUCUAG